AUGACUCCAGCGCCGCGGCGCAUGGCGCGCCGUAGAAGUCCUCUACCGUCACGCCGCGUUGCCUCCUCACGCUGCGACAGACAUAGCACACCGAAAAGAUCCAAGGAGAAACAAACAAUCGAUCAAUCCCCAAUCCAACCCCUUCCUCUAAAUUAUGCGUUUUUCAUACCUCCUCACAUCACCGCCCCAUCCCACGACGGCCUCCUCCUCCUCCUCAUCCACCGCAAUCCUGCCGUCGCCGCCCCAUCUAUGAAAUCGCAUCACCACCACCAUCUCCCAAAUCCAUUGCCACCCUCCCCAUCUCCGUCACCGUCACCAUCUCCGUCUCCGUCUCCGUCUCGGACGCCGCUCCUCUUCCCGGCGUUGUUCUCGUCGUCCUCCUUGGAUCUGACCACGAUCCUCUUCAUCGCGGGCUUCCUCCUCCUCUCCCUCCUCUCCCUCUCAUUCAUAAUCUACCUCCGCCUCAAAUCCCGGCGUCUCCACCAUCUGGAGAACUUCAAUUCCCUGUGGACGGUCCGAUUGCUGCUUGUCCUUCUCUCCGCGGCCUGGGCGGCCAACGAGAUCCUUCGGUUGCCGGCGGUGAGGAGAGAGUAUGUUUUAUCCUGCAAACUUCACGUGAUUCUCUCCCUGGGCCUCCUGGAGCCGAGUUUCCUGGUGACGCUGCUUUUCCUGGUGAAUGUCUCCAUUAAGAAGAAAAAGAAGAAGGGCAUCUGCAGCUGCAUGAUGGCGUCCCUGGUGUGCUCCAUGAUGACGCUGGUGCAGGUGGUGUUGGUGCACUUGUACCCGGACAAUGACGACCACACAAUGCUCUGCACUUACCCCUUUCUCAGCUGCGUCCUCUUCGCGGGGUUUGCGGCGGUGUACGCGGUGGUGUUCCUGAUUGCGUGCUGGCGGGUGAUGGCCAUUGUGAUAAACAAGGGGAUGAGGAGGCGGAUUGGGUGUCUGGCCGCAUCCGUAAUCGUGGCCCUCUCCGUGCAGGUAGCAUGCCUCAGUCUUUCUUGCCUCCUCCUGCCGGAGGACACCAUUUAUGGCUUCCUCGUGCUUGCCAUGUUCCUCUUCGUCCUCGGGACUAUGGCCAUUGGGGACCUCAUACUCGUCAUUACUCCCAUCACACACGCUCUACAGCUCAACCCCCCGCCCUUGUAG